AUGGCAGCAUAUUACCCUGAUUGGGUAUCUGGGGAAAUUCCACCCGAGGCGGUGGAUUUUGACCGUUUUGAUUGGGUAGAUUUCGCAUUUGCGAUCCCUACUUCUACAUAUGGUCUAUCCUUUGAACAGGAUGAUUCACUCCAAUUGCUCGAUCGACUUGUAAAAUCUGCUCAUUCCAAAGGGAAGCGUGUCAAAUUGAGUAUCGGGGGUUGGGGAGGCUCCAAGUACUUCUCCCCAGCCGUAUGCACACCGAACAGCCGGUCUACUUUUGUUGCAAACGUUGUUACCAUAUAUCUGGAACACCAAUUAGAUGGGAUCGAUAUUGACUGGGAGUAUCCCGGACAACAAGGAAUGUCGGAUGAGAUAACAUCCCCAUCUGACACUUCCAACCUCGUCCUUUUCCUCAGGCAACUUCGUGCCGCCCUUCCUCCCGGUGCACUCCUUACUGCGGCCGUUCCUCCUUCAGUAUAUAGAACUGCGUCAAAGUCCUUCAUCCCCGCAUUCUCUUCUAUCCUCGAUUACAUCCUCUUGAUGAACUACGACGUUUGGGGCGAGUCUUCAUCCCAGCCUGGUCCAAACGCGCCACUCUCUGAUGCAUGUGGGAAUAGUACACAGCCUGAUGCGAGCGUUCAAGGUGGUGUCGAUGCAUGGACUAGAGCAGGGUUUCCCCGGAAGAAGAUCUUAUUGGGUGUGCCAAAUUAUGGAUAUUUGCAGAAGUCGGACAAAACGUCGCUCAGGCAAAGGAGACGGCGGGAUGGCGUAGCACCGGCAGAAGCAUACCUUGGCGAUAAUGGCACGUCACAAAAUCUCUUAGUCAAUGGUGGCUCUGCCCCAGGCUUCGUAACAUUAACAGGUGGAGACCCUCAGAUAACGUUUACAAACCUUAUCAAGCAGGGCGUGCUUCAAUGUUCUGCAUCAUCAGACCAAUUCGCGACUUAUACGGCAUCGGGAGGGUUCUCGCGCUUCUGGGAUUCUUGCUCAUCUACGCCAUUCCUCCGCUCGUCGGCCUCUCGCCAGUUCGUAACAUACGAUGAUCCAUACUCACUCUACCUCAAGGCGAAGCUCGCUAGGGAACUCGAUAUCGCUGGUGUGAACAUAUUUGAUAUCCGCGAUACACCGAGUUGGGAUCUAACGGAUGCAUUGCGGGCUGGACUGGGACUACCAACCUCUAUGCCAGCACCCAUCGUUUCGUCACUUGCCAGUCAAUCUGCGUUCGAUGGGUUGCGCACGGAUGAAGGAAUGAUUGGUACUGCGUAG